AGGUGUGAGGUCGGUAAAAGUCAGAGUAUCUUGUUGAAUAUUGAUGAAUCUGGUUUCCAGUUUGAAAGAUUUGAGUAAAAGAUUAUUGAUUAUCAUUUGAAGACAAAUAAUGCAUUUAUGUUCAUUAGUGCCUCGAUUGAAAAAAUAAAUUAAAUUUUUUCCUUCCUUUAAUGAGGUUGCAUAUGUUGUGGUUCAAUUUUAACCUUGGUUUAAAAUUCUAUUUUGUUUUCUUUUUGGUUAUGGUAAUGCAUGAUAAUGAGUUUGAAACUAAAGAAACUACAAUUUUAUCUAAGGACAAAAUUGAACCACACCAUAUACAGUACUACAACGCAGGGAUUCAGACCGUUAAAGUCGCAAAGUGAUGUGAUAAAACACCAUACAUCAUGUUGAAGCUGUAUUCUCUUCAAAUUGUAAAGCAGCUAUGUCGUCAUAUUUAUAGUAGAAUGACUAUAGUAUAUGUAGUAUUUCAUUGCUUGACCUGGUUUUAUUUAUAAUCCUUUUUUGUUCAGGGUGAAUGUAAACAGAAUGUAAACUUCCUAGGAGGCCUUCAUAACUUUAUAAGCUCAAAAACGUUGCUUUUUGCACAUGAUUGUGAUCAGAAGCUACAAUUUAGAACCAGUGUUGUGCUGAACUUGUAAACAAAGUUUAAACAAAUUUUUUCAAAUUAAUUUACGAAGACUAUAUUACUUCCCUCAAGUAAUCUAAAUAAUGCGGCCUUUAUAUACGAUAUAAAGCGAAACUGGUGCAACAUGUAUCGCUACAAGAAAAAUGAAACAACGAUGAGCUCUCGCUUAUAAACUAACUUUUCCAAAUGUGUUAUAUUGCUAAUUUUGGCCAUUUUGAUUCAGGGCGAGAAAGGAUCUCCUGGAGUCAAAGGGCCAAAAGGAGAAAAAGGUAUUCCAGGAUCUUGUGAUGCUAAGGUAAAGUUAGUACAGUCAACUGGCACUGGUUAAUCUUUCCUUCAGAUCUGUUCAAAGUUUUAAAGUCUAUUUUUCUCGCUAUUUUGGCAAUAAUUUGAUAUCUUACCAAAAUAUUUUUUUGAUAAAUUUAUUGAUCUAUAAAUGUUCGUGAUAUGAUAUUCGGUACUUGAAAUUUAGAAUUUUUGUUUUUUCUACAGUUAGCGCUAGAUUUAUGGUAGGUUAUCACUCCUGUCUCCAAGAAGUUGAAAAACUCACGUGGAAGAGAGAAAAAAAAUCUUUUGUUUACCCUUACUAGUACAAUAGAGUAAUUUGGUGGGUGUAAGUAUAACUUGCCUCGUUUCGUGACAUUACUUAUCAAAAUUAUGAAACUAAAAGAAAGAAAAAAACGAAAUCGUCGUCUUACACUUUGAUUAAAGAACUAUAACUUCCCCUAUUUUGGGUGCCCUUCCCUUAUGCCGUUUGUUUGCCGUUUGUAAAGAACUGGGAUAAACAUGGCUGAGCUCUGAAUACGCAACUUGCACAUUCUUAUCCCAUAAUGCACCUUAUUUGCCCCUCAAAAUGUUGCAUAAGCAUUGCUUUUUCAAUUUCUCUUUGGACGGCUGUAAUACCCAGGAAAAUUGAAAAACAAAAGUCAUGCAAAAUUUUGGGGGGCAUUACGGGAGAUGUGCAAGUGGCGUAUGUUAGGAACCCCCAACCUCGUUUCCACGGCUUUUUUCAGGAAAAAGCCACGGAGAUGAGGUUGACCCAAACCCCCAACGGCUUAAACUUUGUGUCAUGCUUUCCUCUUUUUUAAUAUUUUGUUUUUGUUCUGAAUUUCAGAGCUUAUCGUCGAUUAAAUCAGCCUUUUGUUCAGCCGGUAAGAAAAUUUCAUGAUAUGAAAUAUCGUUUAAUUUAUGUACAUGUUGUACUGGCCGUAUAUGAUGAACAUUGUAGGAAAUUACACAGGCCUUUAUAAUUGGGCCUGAUCUUAUGUCAACUUGUUCCUUGCAAUCACAUAGGCUUUCCAGCUCAAUAACUCACUUUAAAAUGUUGAUAAAUUUAACAUAUUCUGUCUGUUGUGUUUCCAAUUGGCGAAGAUUGCUCCACUGGUUUCCACUUUUUCGAGAAAUUUCAAGAUCUUCCAACCCGAGGAGCAGUAGCUGUGGAACAUUUCACCAUUAACGGAAGUCUGUUUCUUGCUUUCGCCAACUUCAAAGGUGACAUUAAGAAAACAAAGACAAGCUCCAUGAUCUACAAGAUAGACGAGUCAACUGGAAGUUUCUCUUUGUGCCAGACCCUACAAACUAGAGGGGCAUAUGACCUCGAGUACUUUUCAAUCGGUAACAAACACUUUCUUGCCUUUGCUAAUUAUUACGAUGGAACUCACCAGUUGGACUCUACAAUCUAUCAGUGGAAUGGUAAGCUG